GGCCGGGAGGCUACGCUUGCACAGCCAGCGUGCUGAUUUCCUAUCCGGGUUCUCCGUUUUGGGGGGUUGGGGGAGGAGGCCCAGGCCACUCUUUCCAGCUCUGGACCUGAACACUGCACUUCCGAAAGCUUAUCGAGGCGAGCUCAAGUGUGACGUUUCCUUUUCAUCCUGGCGCCCUGCCCGGGGCUCAUCACACCCUGCUUCGGAUUUAAAUAGUGCUCGGCUAUUCCGGUGCCUUGGACCGCGCGCUUCCCAGCCACUUAGCACCCGGCGACCCGACUGCAUCCUCGGAGCAGGAAGGAGCGCCAAGGCGGCGUCCCGGGAAGCGCUGGGCACUGGAGCACCCGAAGCCCCGGAGGCGCAAGCCGGGGGCGGGGCCUCGUGAGCGCCUGACGGCGCACGCGCCGCGAGGAGCCUCGGGGGCGGGGCCGCGUAGUGGGGCGGGGCUGGCGCGCGCGGGAAGCGCCUACCGGGCUGCGGGUUCCCCUUCCUCGGCCUUCGCCGCGCGUCAUGGCUCUGUCAGUUCCCGGCUACUCGCCCAGUUUCAAAAGGCCGCCCGAGACCUUGCGGCUCCGACGGAAAAGGGGCCGGAGCCUUGGAGCUGCUCCCCCGCCCAAGGAGCGGCCUGAGCAGACGACCCGCCGCGCGGCCCUGGCGGCCGGGCUGCCUCUCCGCCCCUUCCCGGCGGCGGCGAGCAGAGGCGGCGGCGCCCCGGCCGCGGCCCGAAGAAACCCCUUCGCUCGACUGGACAACCGGCCGCGGGCCGCCUCCGAGCCUCCCGACGGGCCGCCCCGCAGCCAGCAGGAGGCACCGGGCCCGCGUUUAGAUUCUAAUCAAGAAAAUGAUUUGCUAUGGGAAGAAAAGUUUUCUGAAAGACGAGCCAUUAGUGAAUUUCUCCAGAUUCCUCAUGUAUCAUUCUCCGAAUCUGAUAUUCCAUCCUCAGAAAGUACUGAGUUACCUGUGGACUGGAGUAUUAAAACUCGACUCCUUUUUACCUCUUCUCAACCCUUUACCUGGGCAGAUCAUUUGAAAGCACAGGAAGAGGCUCAAGGUGUCAUCCAGCAUUGUAGGGCAACAGAAGUCACUUUGCCUCAAAGUAUUCAGGAUCCCAAACUCUGCACUGAGCUCCGUUGCGCCUUCCAGCAGAGCCUUAUUUAUUGGAUCCACCCUGCCUUCCCAUGGCUCCCACUGUUCCCUCGUAUUGGAGCUGACAGAAAAAUGGCUGGAAAGGCAAACCCUUGGUCAAAUGAUGAAACCCUGCAACACAAUUUACUGAGUGACUGGUCUGUGAGCUUAACUUCUCUAUAUAAUCUGCUGAAGACAAAACUUUGCCCCUAUUUCUACGUUUGUACCUAUCAGUUUACUAUCCUGUUCCGUGCAGCAGGAUUAGCAGGAAAUGAUGUCAUGACAGCCCUUAUAUCUCCUACCACUAGAGGUAUCAGAGAAGCUAUGAAAACCGAAGGUAUUGAAUUUUCUCUGCCUUUAAUAAAAGAAAAUGGCCAUGAGAAGAAGGAGGCAUCUGGAACAGGCUUAGGACAUGGGGAGGGGCAAGCAGUCAGCGAUGAGGAUGAAGAAGAAAGUUUUUCCUGGCUGGAAGAGAUGGGUGUGCAAGAUAAAAUUAAAAAACCAGAUGUACUUUCUAUCAAGCUGCGUAAAGAGAAACAUGAAGUACAGAUGGAUCACAGACCCGAGUCUGUUGUGUUGGUGAAGGGAAUGAACACCUUCACAUUGCUCAAUUUUCUAAUCAACUGCAAGAGUUUAGUUGCUUCCUCAGGUCCACAGGCAGGACUUCCACCAACCCUCUUAUCCCCUAUAGCUUUCCGAGGGGCCACAAUGCAAAUGCUUAAGGCACGAAGUGUAAAUGUGAAGACACAAGCUCUUUCUGGAUACAAAGAUCAGUUUAGUUUGGAGAUUACAGGUCCAGUCAUGCCUCAUUCUCUACAUUCCGUGACCAUGCUGCUCAAAUCUUCACAGAGUGGGUCAUUUUCUGCAGGACUGUAUACGCAUGAGCCAACUGCUGUAUUUAAUACCUGUCUACCAACUGAUAAAGUACUGGAUAGGGAGGCUGUCCUUGAGGAGCUUUCCAACUGUGGAUUGCAUCCUAAAACCCUGGACCAUCUGAGUCAAACACCAGUACUGGGGAAAUCCUCUUUACGGCAUGUGGAAAUGAGUGACUGCAUGUAUAACUGGAGAUCCUGAACACCAAAGUAAGCCUAAAAGGAAUCUUUGAGGAAAAAAAAGGCUUCUGGCAAGGAAAUUCAAGAUUCUUAUACCUUUGGCUUUAAAGUUCACUUUGGAAGUUAAAGAGAAUAUAACUAAAAAUAUUCAGAUGUUUACAAAUAGUUAACUUUUUACAAUAGCUUUUAUUACAUUCACUAAGCAGGAUUAAGGUUUAAAAAUCAACAUUUUGUUUUUAUUGUUUUGAUUAGGUAUUCAGAUAUGAAGAUAUAACUCUUUUAAAACUUCAAAUAACUUGAAUGAAAAUUCCUAGAUCCAUAUAACUUAAUUAUAAACUGGGUAGAAAACUCAAGUGUUUCCUAACGAGUGGAAAUUGAGGCUUAGUAGGAAUUACGGCGUUGCAACUAAUAGCAUCAGGCCAAACUAUUACCUUCAUCAGUUUACUUAGGAUCAUUAGCAAGUUCCAGUUUUAUAAAGGUAGAAAACAAAUGUAGACAGUAUCCACUGAGCCGACUGUUGAUGCUUCCAGUUUAGUUGUUUUCCUAUCUGUUUACAAUUCCUCUAUUCUCAAAAUACAUUAAAACUUGUUUUUAAUUGCAUGUUAAUUCAGAUAUGGGCAUUUUGUAUUACACACAGAAUAGUGUUAAGAGUUGUAAAGAAUGCUCAGCUGUCAUGAUAAAGUAGUAUUUAAUACGUUCUUGUAGGUAUUUUGUGUGUAUGUGUGUGUGUGUAUAUAUAUAUAUAUAAUUCAACUUUCUUAAAUAAAAGUGUUUAGAAAUCAAAAGCACUGGGAAAAGAAGUAAAGUAGUGAAGAAGUUAUGUGUUCACUUUGUAAUCCAGAAAAUAAAACACCACAUUUAUUCCAGAGAAGUUUAUAUUUGGGCCUUAAGCUUUUGAAAAUAAAGUUUAGAGACAUAGCAUAUGAAUACCACUGUAAUACACAUGAAAUAUUCUAUCAGACCCUAAAAAUUAACAUAAACUUAAACUUUCUCAUAGUCAACAAAAUAGUGGCUGGGUGCCGAUUUUAUUAGAUAAGAUGGUUACAGCAUUUUAAUUAUCAUUUUACGUCUACCUAGGUGUAGCUGAAAUUCAAAAUGCACAUCAAAGUAAGACUAUAUCACAACUCAAUGCCAUACUAAAUGUACUUGGCCUCUGCAGUAGAAUUCUAGUCAGACUUCAUUUGGACUCCCUUCUCAUUCAUGGCCCAAGUGGCUUUGACAGAAACGCAGGACUUAGUGCUGAUCAUCACACAACAUACCACUUCCUUUUUUUUUUUCUUUUUUUUCUUUUUUCUUUUUACAACCUCUACAAAAUUUUAAAGGGGAGAUGGUGGCAUUAGCCCUGUGGAACAGAUCUUGCUUGAUUACCUCAAUAACACUGGCCCAGUAUCUGUCCAGCAGAACCCAUUGGGAACUAGUACAAGGUGCACAGCCCUUCACUGAUUACAGGCAAGUGUUACAGCAGCCUAGCCAUAAGGAAGGGGAGUUACAUCAUAGUACAAAAUACAGUAUAAAAGCGUUAUUUAACAUUCCACACUGAAGAUUACGGAUGCCUUCAAACAAUCGUUUGGAUGUUAGCCACUUAAACAAAUACA